GCUUAUUUAAAGCAUACACCCCCACCACUAUAUGUAAUGCUUUCAAGACAACAGGAAUAUGGCCAUUCAAUUCUGAUGCUAUUAGUCCUAGCCGUCUUGAACCCUCAAUGGCAAUACAUAACUUUGACCUACCAAAUUCUGAGCAACCAAAUUCUGAGCAACCAAUUCGUUCACUAACUUCACUUUCACCUUCACCUAAUUUAGUACCAAAUUACCUCAGCCUGACCUCUACAAAUGAAGAAUUGUAG